CAUCUCUCUGAGCUUACCCCAAAAACAACCAACCAAAAACCAACUCAAGAUGUUCAAAUUCGUUGCUGUCAUCGCUCUCCUGGUUGCCACCGCCAGUGCUGGUCUGAUCGAGACCCACCAUGUGGUGCAUGAGCCCGUCCUGGCCAAGGUUGGAUCGGUGGUGCACUCUUCUCCCUCGGCGGUGUCCCACCAGAGCAUCACCCAAGUUCACAGCAAGCCAGUGGUGCAGCAAGUGGUUGCCCCCAUCGUGAAGACCACCACCUACUCCCAACCCGCCGUGGCUGUCCAUGCUGCUCCAGUGGUUCACUCCGUUCCUGCUGUCCAUGCCGCUCCAGUCGUCCACUCCGUCCACUCCGUCCACUCCGUUCCCGUGGCCCAUGGCGCUCCAGUCGUCCACUCCGUCCACUCCGUGCCGGUUUUGCACUCCGCUCCUCUGGCUUACACCCUCCACCAUUAAAUUUCCAAAUGUGAUACAGUAUUUACCAUUUUUUGUUUAAAUAAAUGUUUUUCGUUUUGUCAUAACAAGUUAA